CAGCUGGUAGUGGACUGACCAAUGGGAGUGAGGCGGGUGAUGUGUUGUGAGCGCAGGCUGCAGCGUAUGACAGCGGGGCUGAGAGCCCAUCACAUGUGAGGGUGACUGCUGCGCAUAGGUUAAACAAAGUCUUAAAGAUGAAGAAAGUGACCUGCACAGCUCCUGUAAACAUCGCUGUCAUAAAAUACUGGGGGAAGAGGAACGAGGAACUGAUUCUCCCUAUUAACUCAUCCCUCAGUGUUACGCUACAUCAGGACCAGUUAAAAACCACAACUACAGUUGCAGCAGGCCGUGAUUUCACUGAGGAUCGUAUCUGGCUGAAUGGGAAAGAGGAUAAUAUUAACCACCCCCGACUCCAGUCCUGCUUACGUGAGAUCCGCCGUUUGGCAAGGAAGAGGAGGAGCAGCGGUGGCAGUGGAGAGGAGAGCGUCUCAAGAAUCCUAAAUUACAAGGUUCACAUAUGCUCAGUCAACAACUUCCCCACAGCUGCUGGCCUGGCGUCUUCUGCUGCUGGAUAUGCUUGUCUGGUGUAUACCUUGGCAAAGCUAUAUGGUGUUGAAGGUGAGCUUUCAGAAAUUGCCCGGCAGGGUUCUGGCAGCGCCUGUAGGAGCAUGUAUGGAGGAUUUGUACAGUGGGUCAUGGGUGAGAGAGAAGAUGGUAAGGACAGCCUGGCUCAGCUGGUGGAACCAGAAACUCAUUGGCCAGAACUGCGAAUCCUGAUCUUGGUGGCCAGUGCAGAGAGAAAGCACGUAGGCAGUACAGCUGGCAUGCAGACAAGUGUAGAGACCAGCCCUUUACUCAAGCAUCGGGCUGAAUCAGUGGUUCCAGGACGAUUGGUCGAGAUGAUUGAAGCGAUUAAAAAAAAGGACUUUGAAGCCUUUGGACAACUGACCAUGAAAGACAGUAACCAGUUUCAUGCUACGUGCUUGGACACUUACCCCCCAAUAUUUUACCUUAACCAGGUUUCCCAGAGAAUAAUCAGCCUGGUUCAUCGGUACAAUGCCUACUAUGGGCAGACAAAGGUUGCCUACAGCUUUGAUGCAGGUCCUAAUGCUGUCAUCUUCACCCUGGAGCCAACAGUCAAUGAGUUUGUGGAGAUUGUUAAACGUUCCUUCCCUCCUGAGUCGAAUGGAGACCCAUAUCUCAAGGGGCUACCAGUCAGCCCUGCUCCUCUGUCUCAGGAACUAUUGUCUGGAGUAGAAACUGAUGUGUACCCAGGAGGUGUGCGCUAUGUUAUUGUCACACAGCCAGGACCAGGCCCCAUGGAAUCACAAGAUCUCUCCCUGGAUUUGUUGGAACCUGACGGUCUUCCCAAGACAAGUGCCUGAUGUUACGUGACUUCAGUAGACACUUUUUUAAAUCGGAUUUUCUAAUCUUUCUUUCAGUUUUUGAGCAGUGAGUUCUGUAUAUUGCUCUGAAGGGCAUUCAUAAUAUCUCAAGGAAAAUAAUUUAAUUACUGGAGUCACUAAAGUGUGUGGAUUUUCCUAAAGGGGUUCUCCCAGUAAGAAAAAUAGUUCUACACCGAUGCAUUAUAUGAAAUUAAACCUAUUUCAAACAUACAAUUAUUUCAGAUAAUGUCCUGCUUCAGACAUCUAGACUUGCUUAUCCCCCAUGUGUCAGCAUUGUUUGAUAACCUGCUACCCUUGGUUAUGACCCACUGAGGUGGUUACACAUGCUCAGGUAAACUGUAGUCUUCUGAAUGUAUUGCCAGUUGGUCUCCAAUGGGCAUGUAACUAAGGGGGUUGUGCUAUGUUGGAUGGUGACUAAAGGGUCAUAGUUCAGAGAGAAAAGCAGGAAGUGAUCAGAUCCAUGGGGGAGAUGAACAGUAAGGUGAUGUAAGUUACUUUACUGAAAAACAGCACAUUUUUCCUCUGUCCUAUGUAUGUAUGUGGUACAAAUCUUAGUUGACCAGUUUUGCUUAGUUGGAUAACCCCUUUAAGGAAAAAUAAAUUUGAUAAAAUUAUCAUUUUGUAUCUGUUAUUCCCAGUUGAAUGGGAAAAUAAAACAAAAAUGUUAUUUAAUAAGUUCCCUUUGUUAAUGUUUUUUUUUAAAUGUAUUAUUGUUUUCGAGGGGAGAUACAUUUGUGUUGGUUAGUGGGGAAUAUUAUGCUACAUAUGACCAUAAAUUUGUGUUGACAAUCUUUACAUCUGUAUCCAUCAGUUUUUUUGUUUUUUAAAAACUGUCAGCUUUUACUUGUAAAUUCCAAUGAAUUGUCCAUUAUAAUUUGGACACUUAGAGACGCCUGCCUGUCAGUUUUGAGCAAUGCUGGCUGUAAAGCAUUUCAGUGUACCCUUAAUGCAACUAGUGAUAUAAUAUUUCAGGAGGUUGGCGUUUAAAAAGGCCAUGCAUUUCAAAAAUACCUGUACACAUCACAAUUAAACCUCAAUCCAACUAUUGAUUUGAUAUUUCAGAAUGUCUGUCAGAAGAGGUAGGAGGGCACCACUGAGUCGUAGUCCAAUUACACUAAACAAGUGGAGGGUAUUGUGUAGCAGUAAAGCAGAUGCCCGACUUCAGGAUUGAGUCAGUGGGGGUGCUAGGACGUGAUAUAGGGAUA